AUGUUCCGUAAUCUCGUCCUCAUUUGUACUAUGUAGUUUGCACCCUUGCACAACUUGCUGUCCAUAAUGUUUAAAGAUGAAUGCCUUCAUCAUAAAAAAAAAAAAUAUCUUAUCUGUGGUCCGUCGCAGGCGCGCCCUUCCUGUAGCUGUCAAUGUCAUUGUACUUUUUUGUGCGCGCGCUGUCCACGUUUUUUCCCUUCAAUAAAAGUUUUAACUUUUGAAUUAUGGGAAAACAUAAGCGAAGACGCGAUGAAAUUGUCGAAGAAUUAAGUGGACGACUGCAAGAAUUGGAAAAACGGCUGAGAAAGCGGAGUCGUCAUCGACACUCGGAUGACUACGAAAGCCGUUCCAGCUCCAGUCGCUCACGACGCACUCGAACACGCUCAAGGAGCCGGGUGUUAGACCUAGGACGUCAUCGCAGACGAUCGCGAAGUAGUCGCACACCAAGCCGCACGCCAAGCCGCCCGCAAUCUCCCGCUCUCUCUAUCAACAGUGUAGAUGUCACACCUACCAAGGACACCAACACAAAGGAAAAGGGGGGGGGCGAAAAGGAGGAGGCAACGGUGCCCCAAACCGAAGACUUAUCUUUGUCCCUGAACAUCGAGGAAUUGCUUGGUGCGGAAGGAUUGCCGUCAACAUCAACGGCUAUCGAGCUGCAUGAGAGCUUAGCAAAGCGCUGGUCAGCCAUUUUACAGAAUGGACUGAAUGCUGAUACAAAAAAUAACAUAAUAAGGAAAUACGACACUCCAAAGAACUGUCAUCUAUUAAUACCACCUAAGCUCAAUGAGGAGGUGGCUGCGGCCUUAAGCGAGAGUGCUAUUAAAAGAGACCAGAGGAUCAGAAACCAACAAACAAUACUGGCUGCUGCGAUAACAACAAUUGGGAAAACUCUGAAUAACCUGAUAGCUUCCCCGCAGAAUGAGAGUGAGACCCUCCCCCAGAUUGAGACCCUGAGCGACGCAGCUAGGCUGUUAUGUGAUAUUUACCAUGAUAACACAGUCACUCGAAGAUCACUGAUACUUCCUGGUUUAAACAAGGACAUGAAAGAACUGAUGGAACAGACCCUCAUCUCGGAGUACUUGUUCGGAGACAAACUACAAGAUAAAGUUAACGCAAUAAAAGCAGUUAAGAAAUCUGGACAGGAACUCAAAAAUACUCCUGCAAGAGUGCCUGUAAAACCGAAAAAUUUAAACUUCCGGGGCCCACAAAGACAUCAACUGCCUCGUCCGAGUGGGCAGAAACAGAAAUUGAAGAGGAACGCGCAGGUGACGAAGCCAUCAACACGCACCAGGCGUUCCCCGCAGAGGCAGCAGCACCAUCAACGUCGCAGGGGCCAGGAUCGUCGUUAGUGCAGGGAUCCACAUCCUUUACACAGGAAUCUCACAUUGAUAGCGGCCAUAUUAUCAGGAGCGCCUUCAUAAGAAAAGGAAUACCGUGCUCUUCAAUUGACAUAGUGCUAGCCUCAUUGUCAAACAAAACAAGGAAGCAAUACGAGUCUGCCUUAAAUCAGUGGAUACACUUCUGUCGAAACCAAGAUGUGGACCCUCUACUAGGAACUAUUCCCAUGGUGAUAUCAUUCUUAACAUCUAAGUUCGAGGAAGGCUUAUCAUAUAGCUCACUUAAUACUACUAGAUCAGCUAUCAGUUUGAUCCUAGGACCACAUAUUGGUACAGACGACAGGGUGACCAGGUUUUUUAAGGGCAUAUUUAAAUUAAGACCAAAGAAACCCAAAUAUGAGGAAGUCUGGGAUCCUAGUAUUGUAUUAGAUUACCUUUCUAACCUAUUUCCUAAUGAAACCCUUAGUUUACAGAUGUUAACCAAAAAAUUUGUAACUAUACUGGCUCUUGUCACGGCUCAUAGAAUUCAGACCCUGUCUCUCAUUCACAUAGAUAAUAUUGUUAUCAAUGAUGAUAAUAUAAGCAUUAAAAUUCCAGAAAUAAUAAAAACAUCUGCUCCUGGUAGGUCUCAACCUAAUUUAAUAUUACCAAUUUUUAAACAGAAUAUCUCCAUUUGUCCAGCUACAACUCUUAAAUAUUAUUUAGAGAUCACUAGAGAAAUGAGACAAAAUUGUAAGUCUUUGAUUAUAACACUCAGAAAGCCUUAUCAUGCUGCCUCCACCACAACUAUUAGUAGGUGGAUUAAAGAAAUGUUGACUAAUAGUGGAAUAGACACCUCUAAAUUUACAUCACACAGCACCAGACACGCCUCUACCUCAAAGGCUUCUGAAAAAGGUAUCAAUAUUGAGGUCAUAAGGAAAGCAGCUGGUUGGACUGCUAAUUCCUCAACCUUUGCUCGCUUCUACAAAAGGCCAAUUGUUAGCAACCCAAAUGCCUUUGCCAAAGCUGUGUGCUCUAUUAGAUAGUCUCUUAUUUUAUGAUUAAAAUAAUAACUAUGUACUACUCAUAUAUAUUUAACUUUACUACUAGCCAGCAAUGAAAAGGGAACUGUGUAUUGAUCCAGAUGGGUCAUAAUAAUAUUAAUACUUAAUUAACUUAAAUAUAAGGUUACCUACUAGUUGUUCAAACAAGACUGAUUAUAAAGUAACUAUGAUUAGAGUUUAAAAUUAUUCCUUAAAUAGGAACAUUAAAUUGUUAUAUAUUUUAAACACUGUUCCUCGCCCCAUGUGAUAUUACCUUAACAAUGAUUAAUUCUAAGUUUAGACAAUACAAGUCUGAUUUUGAUUUCUUUUUGUCAGUGUUUUAUCUAAUUCAUUACUAUUAUAAUGUUUGGUGAUUAAAGUAUGUAUGUUGAUUGCUGACACAA